GGGGGGUUAACGUACCCUAAUAAUCCAUUUCUUUUUAAAAAACCUUUCAUCCUAUUUCCAAAAGAGUAAAAUAUUAUGUUGAAGUUCAUGAAUCUCACCUUGUUGGAUCUUGCAAAUAGCAUACCAUCCAGCAAUUUGCUCUUUCCCAUAGCACUACUACUAACCACCAUAAUAUUCCUUAUCAUCUUGCUGCAAGUUUUGUCACUUAAACGCAGGCAAAAUGUUUUCUUGGUGGAUUUCAGUUGUUACAAACCUAAGGCGAUUGAAAUGUGUAGUAAAGAAAAACACUCCAACGUCUUAAGCUCGGUGGAUACCAAACCGACAAAACACUCGAGUUCAUGAAAAUGAUGAUGGAUAAAGCCGGGUUGGGCGAUUCCACGUAUCUCCCGGAGAACAUGACUCGAGUUCCACACGACUUGUCGUUUCCAUCAGCCCGGAAAGAGACCGAAAGGGCUAUGUUUGGAGCCAUCGAUGCGCUUUUGGCCAAGACUAAUGUGAAAGCGCAAGACAUUGGGAUUUUGGUGGUUAACUGUUCUCUCUUUCAAGUAGUUCCUUCGCUUUCCUGUACUAUUGUGAAUCGUUACAAGAUGAGGGAUAACAUUGCUAAUUAUAGCCUUAGUGGCAUGGGCUGCACCUGUGGACUUGUCGCAAUUGGCCUUGUAGAUCAACUUCUCCACGUUUUUAUAUUACACUUACGAGAAAUUCUCUGUCCGAAAAUUAUUGUCCAUUUUAGAUUUUUCACUUUCAGUAACUGUUCAGAAUAUCUUAUUGGUACACCCAAACACCUAUGCUCUAGUGGUGGAGCUGCCAUACUGCUAUCAAAUCAUCCUUCAGAUCAUAAGAGAUCAAAAUAUCAGCUCAUCGACACCGUCCACACGCACACGGCAAGCUCCAACCCGGCCUACAGAUGCAUAUUCCAGGAAGAAGAUGAAUCUGGUUUCAGGGGAGUCGCAAUUAGCAAAGAUCUCUUAGUCUCAGCUGCUGAUGCCAUCAAACUGAACCUCACUUCACUUGGUCCCUUGAUCCUUCCGCUUUCCGAAAAAAAUCUCGUUCUCAAAGACAUCGUUACAAGAAAAAUCCUUCGAUCCAAGAAUGCGAAGCCGUAUAUCCCGAAUUUCAGCAAAGGGGUUGAUCAUUUCUUCCCACAUGUUGGUGGGAAGCCUGUGUUGGAUGACUUGCAGAAGAAAUUAGGAUUUAGCGUUGUGGCAAUGGAGGCUUCCAGGAUGACACUUUACCGGUUCGGCAACACUUCCAGCAGUUCAGUUUGGUAUGCAUUGGCUUAUGCUGAGGCAAAAGGACGGAUCAAGAAAGGCGAUUCGUUGUGGCAGAUGGCUUUCGGUUCCGGAUUCAAGUGUAACAGCGUCAUCUGGCGGGCGAUUAAGUUCGUUGAGUUUGAGGAUUCGAAUCCUUGGAGUGGCGAAAUACACAAGUACCCUCAAAAUUUGGAUGAUGUUCAACCCAUGACUAAAGAAGAAUACUACCUGGAGCCUUCAAACUAG